UCCCACGGACGCUAAAAUGACAUGCUCCAAAAUGACUGGAACAAAAGACGGCAGAAUGACAAAACCCAAUCGUCAGUCCCGCAGACCUUGGAGCCCGCAAAACGAUCUCUCUCAAGUCUCAACUCUCAAGGAGCAAAGCCAGUAAAGCCUAAAGGUCCCAGUGAUCGGAAGGCUUUCCUCUGAGAAAUCCCAUGGAUGACUUCCCGCCGUAUCUUCCCCAAGAAAUCAUCGUAAACAUUCUCAAGCGACUUCCGGUAAAAUCCCUUAUCCGAUUUCAAUGCGUCUGCAAGCAUUGGAAACAUCUCAUCAAGUCCUCAUAUUUCGUAUCAGAACACCUCCAUCACUCAAGUCUCCAAAACCCUUGUCUUCUUUUCCAACGGGAAAUGAGCGGUGACCCUUUUAUCUUACAUUUGCUUGAUUCCCGGUUGCAAGUCCGUGAACUUCAGAACGACUUUUGGUGUGCUCAAAUCGUGGGUUCUAGCAAUGGCUUGCUCUGCAUUGGAAUGGGAAAGUAUAUUUUGUCUCCUCUCAGCUUUUUAUUAUGGAAUCCUGCUAUUAGAGAGGUCAGACAGGUGCCUAUCAAUGAUUUUGAGCGUGCUUCCGCUGUAGGAUUUGGGUUCAGUCCGAUUAUAAAUGAUUAUAAGGUAGUUAGAAUUACUAUUGGGAUUCUGAAAAGUCGCGUGGAUGUGUAUUCAUUAAACACAGGGUUAUGGAAGGAAAUAAACUUUGGAAAAUUAAAGGAUUUGAGCUUUUGUUCCAAUGCUGUCACUGCUAAUGGAACUCUAUUUUGGCGUGCCUUUGAUGUGAAGGAUCUGGAUGAAAUCAGUGUGAAAUCGUUGGGUUCUGAUUUUGAUUUGAUAGUUUCAUUUGACAUAGCAAUGGAAUUGUUUACCUUGAUUCCCGAGCCUGCCAUAGACCCUGAUUCAAGUGCUCACCUUGUUGUGUGUGAGAACAAACUUGCUAUGCUUUGUUUGACCUUUGAUUCUUUUUUGAUUGAUUUGUGGGUAAUGGAGGAGGAAGGCACAUCUGAAUUUGGGAAGAGAUGGAGUUGGACCAAGAAACAUACCAUAAUCACCUCUUCAGGCAUGUUGUUUCCAUCUGUUAUUUGGAGGAAUGAAAUUGUCUGCAAGUCUGAUGAAGUAGUGUGGACAUCCAUUUGGGGAAUUCAAUAUGCAACAACUAUUCUACCUUUGUUAAAUCUCAGUACUCAUAAAUUGAAGAAAUUGGCUAUUGAGGGUUGUGCAACUGUAUAUUCAAGGAUUUUCAAUCACGUAGAAAGCCUGGUUCCAGUUAGCAGCAUUCCCAUUGAAGAGCCUUCAUCCUAAAUCUUAAUCAUUAACUAGCACAUUUAUUUUGUUUAAGCACUUGGGUGGAAAUGAAUCUUUGACAAUUUAUAUCUUUUGAGUUUUGACUGUUCUUGUUAUCCUUGAUGUCCUUUGGAGAUCUUAUCUAGAAUGUUUAAUUUUUAGCUUUAUUUGACAUAUCUAUUACACCAGACUGUACAGUUUUCUUUCUAAGAUAAUAUAUCAGUUGGUAGCAGGUGUAUGUAUUA